CCUACGUCUCUUGUGCUUCUCUUGGGUUUUUAUGAUUUCCUUAUUUUGAUUGAAUAGGUCCUAGUAAGUAGUUCCUUGUAUCUUGUUGGUGGUGAUAUGUUGAGAUUAAUCAAGAAAUGAAGUUGAAGCUCCCUUUGUGCUCCUACUUAGCACCAGCCUUUGCUUCAUUGUCUUCCAAGUGAGGCCCAGCUAAUACUGAGAUCCUUGAAAAGAGAAGAGUACUUUGAAUCAACAGCAGAAAUGGAACAGGCUAUUGUGUCCUUAGCUAUUGAAAGAAUAUCCGAUUUACUCAUUCAUGAAGCUGUUUUCUUGCUUGGAGUUCGUGAGGAAGUGGAGGACUUAAAGGCUGAACUGGAGCGGAUGAAGAGCUCCUUGAAGGAUGCAGACAAUAAGAAGCAAGACCAAAAUGAGCUUACCCGCACUUUGGUGAGACAAAUCAGAGAUCUUGCUUAUGAAGCAGAAGAUGUUAUUGACAACUUCAUUCUUCGAUUUGCACAUCAAGGAGGCUUUCAUGGAAUCAUCAAGAGAUUCACCAAGCCUUUUCAUCUGUACAAAAUCGGGGUGAAGGUCAAAGCAAUCCAGACUAAGCUUGAAGGCCUUUCUAAGGGUCUUCCAACUUAUAAUCAGAUAUCGAGUGGAGAGGGGUCUAGCUCUAUUGCCAAGAUGCAGCAGCAGUUAAGAAGAACAUAUAUACAUGUUGAGGAAGAGGAUCUUGUUAGCUUGGAGUGUAUCACAAAUGAGGUUUUGGCUCAGUUGAUGACCGAAGAAGAUAGACUUCAUGUUGUUGUUUCAAUUGUUGGCAUGGGGGGCAUUGGUAAGACCACUCUCGCAAAAAAAGUAUAUAAGCAUAUUGAUGUGAAACGACGUUUUGAUUGUUGUGCUUGGGCUUUUAUAUCUCAACAAUGUAUGCUAAGACAAGUUUUGCAAGGUCUCCUCAUAAAACUUCUCUCUCCUUCUAAAGAAGAAAGGGAGUUAAUUGAUAAACUGGAAGAGAACGAGUUGAUGGAAAAGGUUUAUGAUUUUUUAAAAGAAAAACGAUACUUGGUGGUCUUUGAUGAUAUUUGGAGAAAAGAGCAUUGGAAUAGUCUUAAACAUGCUUUUCCACGAGGAAAAGAGGGAAGCAAAAUUUUAUUCACAACACGCAACAAGGAAGUGGCGUUACAUGCCGAUCCUUGCAACUCCCCAAUAGAGCUUCAAUGUCUUACAGAUGAUGAGAGUUGGAAGCUUUUUAGAAUGAAAGCAUUCCCAGGAAAGAAGACAGAGUUACAUGCUUGCGCAAAAGAAUUGGAGAUGCUAGGAAGAGACAUGGUGGAAAAAUGUGGAGGUCUACCUUUGGCAAUUGCUACGUUGGGAGGCUUGCUAGCAACAAAAAGGUCACGAGCUCAAUGGGAGACGGUUCACCAAAAUAUCAAUGCACACUUAAACGAGUUUCAACAACAAGAUCAUCAUUAUGGUGGAGUGAAUUGGAUUUUGGUUUUAAGUUAUAAUGAGUUGCCCUUUCAUUUAAAACCAUGUUUCCUAUAUCUUAGCAAUUAUCCAGAAGAUUGGGAGAUUUCAAAGAAGGAACUCAUACGAUUAUGGAUUGCAGAAGGUUUCAUUUCACCAUCAUGGGAAAGUGGGGGAAUGUUGAUGGAGGAUUUAGCUGAACAAUUCCUAGAAGAGCUAAUAAAUAGAUGUUUGGUUCAAGUUGGCAAGAGGGACCAUACAGGAAUAGGUGUGAAAACAUGUCACGUACAUGAUCUCUUGAGGGACUUGUGUGUGCUAAAAGCUCGAGAGGAAAAUUUCUUAGAAAUCAUUCGGCCAUCAUUGAUCGAAAAAUAUGGUAAUACUCUUCAUGUGACCUUGACACCAUCUAUGGCACGAAGAAUUGCUAUUCAUCCUAGCAAAAGGUAUGUCUCUUUGAAGGGAAAACAUCCAAAUUUACGUUCUCUUUUGCUCUUCCAAAAUGAGAAAUUGAUAGAAUUGCACAUUUCAAAAUGCAAUGAUUUCAAAUUCUUAAGGGUGUUGAAUCUUGCGAGAAAUGAUAUGUUGUCCAAGUGGCAUGUGUCAAGUGAAAUUGGUAAUCUACAUCAUUUGAGGUAUUUGAGGUUGAGAUCUACUGGAACCAUCAUCUUGCCACGGUCUAUUGGCAAGUUGAAGAAUUUACACACUUUAUACCUCCUAUAUCAAGCAUCAAGAAUUCCUGAUGUUUUUUUCAAGUUGAGACGCUUAAGGCAUAUUGCAGUAGGCGGUCUACGUACAUAUGUGCCUUUGUUGCUGAGGGAUACUUUAAAAAAUAUUGAAACUUUAAAGUACAUAAAGGGCAAGAGUUUAAUUGAAAAUAAUGCAGUGCUCGACUUGAGUAAUAUUCGGAGUUUAGGAAUAAGUUUUGAGAGAUCAAAAGAUGUGGAGCCUAUCAUAAAAGCACUGAUUGAAUCACAACGCCUUAGGUCAUUGUACAUGUGGUUGGAGGAUUCAAUCCCAUAUCCAGACAUGGAACCCCUUUCUCAUUGCCAUCACCUAUCAAAACUAUUUUUAAGAGGGAAGUUACAAGAAGAUCCACAUUCGAGCCAUCAUCUUUUGAAAUUUCUGCCAGCAAACAUUAUCAAGUUAUCUUUGAUAGGUUGUAAGAUAAAGCAGGAUCCAAUGGCUGUAUUGGGAAAGUUGCCACAUUUGAGGACUCUUUGCUUAUUUGCUUACUCAUAUUCGGGGAUUAAAAUGGUUUGCUCAGCGAAUGAUUUUCUUCAACUUGAUUUUCUUCAAAUUUGGAAUCUACCAGAAUUAGAAGAGUGGCAGAUAGAAGACGGCGCAAUGCAACAUCUUCGGAUUUUAAUUCUGGGCUGGGUUUCAAAUUUGAAGAUUUUUCCAGAAGGGUUGAGGUAUAUUACUGCUCUCCAAGAAAUGAAAUUAGAGAGAAUGAAGAGGUCAUUAGUAGAAAGGAUUCAAGUGAUAGAAGGAAGAGAAGGAGAGGAUUUCUUUAAAGUGUGCCACAUACCCUCCAUCCGAAUAAUGCAUACAGAGAAGGACUGAAAGCUCUAAUUUUGCAAUGUCAAAUCCUCAACUCAAAGUGGUUGCAGGUAACUCUAAUCGGCCCAGAAAUGUACUCUGCCAAUAAAGGCAGCAAGGGGGAUCACUUGGAUUUGCUUUUUGAUUGUUCAAAAGUUUAAUUUGUAUUUUUUCUUUGAUAACUGAAUCUAAUGAUCAAGUGCUUUUUAUAAAUGAAUUGCUGUGAAUUUGAAUGAAC